AUGCGGACCACACCUUCUCCUCCCAUCCCCCCACCGCCUGCCAUGAUGGAGGCUGGCCGUAUGGCUCCUACCUCUGGGCACUCUACACCAGCUCGUAGCCAGCGUAGCCUGUCUAUCCCCAGGCCUUUCAACCCUUCGAGAGUCCAGUCCCAGGGAUCGUCCGUGGUUGGUUUUACCACCGAUGACCUGCCCUUUGGCCAACGCACUCCCCGUUACCAGUCAUGGCAGUCCCGCGGCGGCGAGUCCGCUGCUUCUUUCGUAUCGUCCGUCCAGCAAGAGGAGGCCAAGCUUAGAUGGGACUCUGACGCAGAGCUCAAGCUCGUGUCCAAAUCGCUUCUGUGCUUACAGAAGUGGUGCCUGCUCAUCGGCCUGCUCUGCAUCAAUGCCGCUCUGAUCUACGUGUCGUUCACGUACCACGUCGCCCACUACUUUUUCAUGGUCCUGCUCAGCUCCAACACGGUCCUCCAGUUCAUUAUGAUUGUCUUCAUCGUCGGUCACUUCCUCUUCAAGUCCAUCUUUUUCUGCUUCCGCCGCAAGGAGAAGGUGCCCGAGACCCCGGAGCGCAUGGUUCUGCUUCUGCCGUGCUACAACGAGACGUAUGAGGAGCUUACUCGCUCGCUCGACUCCCUCGUUGCCCAAAAGAACAUUGACGACCACCCUCGCAUGAUCUUCAUCGUCGUCGACGGCAACGUCAAGGGCCCCGGCAUGGAGAAGACUACUCAAGAGUACCUCCUCCAGGAUAUCCUCGAACCCGGCCCAACCCGUUUCUUUGAGAACGGCUACCGUGCCCGUGACGGUCUCUUCAUGCCCACCAAGAUCCAGACCGGCUACUACAAGGGCCUGCCUUACCUUUUCGUCGGCAAGCGCUACAACCAGGGUAAGCGCGACAGUUUGUGCUUUGCCCGUUCUUUCCUGUACCACUUCCACAAGCGCUCCGUCAACGUCAUGACCAUGUUUAACAACGACCUCUUUGAGCACGUGGGCAACGCUUUCGUUUCCCAGGGCCUGGAGAACAUCGAAUACCUCGUUGGUAUGGAUGCCGAUACCGUCUUUGACGAAUACUGCAUCUGGGAGAUGUUGAGGGAGAUCCGCAAGAACCCCAAACUCGUCGGUGUCUGUGGCCACGUCUGUGUCGAUUACGAUGGCAAGAACUGGGGUCUCUGGUCGCUGUACCAGUCCGUCGAGUACUCCCAAACCCAAGGUCUCCGCCGCAUGUUCCAGUCUCGUAUUACCGGCAAGGUUAACUGUCUCCCUGGAUGUUGCCAGCUGAUCAAGAUUGACGAGGCGACGUUUGGUGAUGAGGUCCUCCGUGAGCGCUUCGGAUACUGCCCCAAGCCCAACGAUCUCAUGACGCAGCACAUCAUGGGUAACUACUCCGAGGACUCCAUUCACGCCAGUAUCAUCUUCUCGCUCUUCCCUCAACGUCAGACUGCCCAGGCUCUUCGCGCCAAGGCAUUCACCAUCGUUCCCCAAAACUGGACCGUCUUCCUGUCGCAGCGCAAGCGCUGGGCCCUUGGAUCCAUCUCUAACGAGUUCGUCAUGAUCUUCCGCCCCGGUAUCAUCCCCAUCGAGCGUCUCCAGUCCAUCAUCGCUGUCCUUACCUGGUUCAUCACUCCUUUCAUUAUGGCCGCCGUCGUUGCUCUGAUCAUCAUCUUCAUUCGCCGUGGCGACGAGUUGGUUCGUGAUCCCGUCUUCAUGGGUCUCUUCGGUCUCCUCUUGGUUCGAUAUAUCUACUCUUUCUGCAUCGGCUUCUGGCUGCCGAGAAACACGCUCGAGCGCAUGCAGUACUUUAUCGGAUACUUUUUCCACCUCUGCACCUCGCCCUUCCUCAACAUGAUUAUUCUCGGAUACUCUCUGGUUUACUCGGAUGACUUCAAGUGGGGUAAGACUCGAGAGGUCAUCAAGGGCGACGACGAGAAGGCCGACGCUGAGGGCGGUCGCGGUACCCAUUAA